UCUGUUUUGAAGCGCGCCGCUUCCGCCUUCCGCUUCACUUCUGAAGUUUCCAUCACAAUCCUGCGGAAAGCUGCCCAAACUCACUCACUGCAAUGCUUUUAGGUUCCUGCAAACAUGAAGGUGCUGCUCCUGAAAGAGCCCCGAGAGAGUGAGACCGAAGCUGACCCUUACAUCCAGGAGCUGGCCUCAUGUGGACACACGGCUUCUCUGAUUCCGGUCCUGUCCUUCAGGUUGGUGUCUCUGGAGGAGCUUUCUGAGCGGCUCUUGCAGCCCGAGAGGUUCGGAGGUCUGAUCUUCACCAGCCCCAGAGCCGUGGAGGCCGUCCAGACCUGCUUACACUCUCUCACACACAAAUGGGACGCGGUGAAAGACAAAUGGAAUGAAAAGUCAGUUUAUGUGGUUGGAAAAGCCACAGCGUCUUUGGUUGUAGAGCUGGGUCUGACCGCUGUGGGUGAAGACACUGGAAACAUGAGCGCUCUCGCUCCGCUCAUCCUACAGAGAGAGGCUGGAGGGACUCUGCCGCUCUUCUUUCCCUGCGGCUCCAUCAAGCGUGAAGUUCUGCCCACCGCGCUCAGAAACCAGCAUAUUCCUCUGGAGACUCUGACCGUCUAUCAGACAUCAGAACAUCCUGAUCUUCAGAACAACGUCACCGACUACUUCACCCGACAGGGCGUCCCAGCGAGCGUGGCGUUCUUCAGUCCGUCCGGAGUGAAGUUCUGCUUGGAUUUGGUGAAGAGACUCUCAGGAUCUCAGCUGGAGAAGAUAAAGUUUGCGUCGAUCGGACCGACCACGGCGGACGCGCUGCGGUCACACGGCCUGCCGGUCAGCUGCUGCGCUGAGAAACCCACGGCCAAACACCUGGCCGCUGCCAUCACACACGCCCUGCACGCCUGACCUCUGACCCCCGGCCACAGUGGCCUUUAUUAGACUGAAAUAAUCUCUCUUACCUGCUUCUGUAUGUUUCUGCCGCACCUGAAGCGUCUUCUUUUAUGAUCUGCAGCUUCUUUUAGUUUUGUCUGGGUCUGUGUUUCAUGUUGAAUGAGUUUAUUGGUUGCUUGAGCAUCUUUUGUGCCGUUAUAACCAACCAUAUAUGUGUGCAUCAUUUGGAUGGAAGAUGAAGUAAAAUAAAAUAAAAACGAAUUGUG